UCCGCUAUCUCCCGCAAAAACAAUUCUCUGGAUUUUAUUUCCUCUUUCUUUAAUCUUCUACUGAUAAGUUUCAAGGGUCAUUUGACCGAAAUGAGCCCCACACUACUGGAAUAUGUCGAUGUGCCAGUAUAUACAUAUGUAAAGAUUGCAGCUUUUGCAGACGAUUAACUGUUCUCUCAACGAUGUGGAUUCUGCCUGUGCGAGGGAAGGCUAUGGUUUGGGCUAUCACUGCCUGUUGUUGUCAGGGUUUUCUCCUUCUCGGGUACGAUCAAGGCGUCAUGUCUGGUAUCAUCGGUGCCCAGAACCAGUUUGGGCAUGACUUUGGAAAUCCUGAUGCGACGACUCAAGGACUGAUAGUUGCUAUAUACGAUAUCGGAUGUGCUAUCGGAAGUCUCAUCGUCUUCUUUUGGGGCGAGCGUAUUGGCAGGAAACGGAUGAUAAUGAUGGGAGCUGCAACAAUGAUUAUCGGUACUGCGAUCCUCACCAGCUCGACAACCAGGGCUCAACUAUACGUCGGUCGUGUCAUUACUGGGAUAGGAAAUGGUUUUAAUUCAUCUUCUAUUCCUGUAUACCAAUCGGAAACUUGUGGUGGUGCUAUUCGUGGUGCCCUAGUUUGCUUAAACUCUACAAUAACUAUCGUUGGCUUGGUUAUAGCGUACUGGUUGGAUUAUGGCUUGAGCUUUGUCGCUGGACCUGUGCAAUGGCGAUUACCUAUCGGGUUUCAAGCUGUUUUUGCCUUGUGCCUUCUUUUGCAGGUAACAGUACUGCCUGAUUCUCCACGUUGGCUACUCGCACACGGAUACGACGAAGAGGCCUCGAAGGUCAUAGCCUUACUCGAAGAUCAUGAUUCUGCCGAUCAUCCAGAUGUAAUACAAGCGAGGAAAGAGAUAGAGUUGUCGUUAGCGCAAGAGAGUGAAGGAGGGCCGUUUCGCUAUAGUGAGCUUUUGCACGGUGGCCCGAUCGGGAAUUUUCGAAGGAUAUGUCUUUGCAUUGCGGUAAAUGUGAUGCAACAAUUCACUGGGUCAAAUAUGAUCAACUACCUUGCUCCUGUUGUCUAUCAGAACACCAUGGGUCUUUCUCGAGAUCUUUCGCUUAUUUUAGGAGGGUGUACAUCCAUCACUUACAUGUUCGCGUCCUUCAUUCCUCUAUGGACUGUAGAUCGUUUCGGUCGCCGUCCAUUAUUGAUGAUAUCAGCGUCUGGACUUUCACUGUGCUUCAUCUUGGCAGCAAUCCUGCUUUCGAUAGGUACCAGACCAGCAGCGUUUGCUGCCACUGCCAUGGUGUUUAUCUUCCAGAUAUUCUUGGGUAUCGGAUUUUUACCAAUUCCCUGGCUUUAUCCUGCGGAAAUAAGUACUACACGUAUCAGGGCCCGAGGGUCUGCUAUUUCUAGCUUCUUCAACUGGAUGUGUGUUUUCGCCGUCGUUCAAAUGACCCCUCCGGCCAUAGCCAAUAUUGACUGGCGAGUAUUCAUUAUCUUUGCUGUAUUCAACGCUUGUUGGGUUCCGAUAGUUUACUUUUUCUUCCCGGAAACUCGUGGUUUGGAGCUGGAAGAAAUUGACCACAUCUUUGAGAAAGGUGGUAUCACUGGGGGAGUAUGGGGUAGCAAAGGGGGGCGUACUACGACGGAUAUGCAUUAUCCUGCAGUGACGCCGGUCGAACCCAAAGAUGAUUUGAAGGCGGAGGAAGUGAAAUUGGAACAUGCGUAAUAUUUAGAACGUGAAAGGCAGUACAUUCAAGAGUGCAUAGGUUACUUGUUACCUCCACUCGAAAGUGUCAAAAUUCUGCUUUUGGGAGACUAGAUAGAUCCCCCUUGCAAUGUAUUUGAAGUUUUU